UGGUAAUAGUCGUACGCAUUGAUCUAUGUAUAGAGCUUGCUUGACGUAUCGAGUAAAUACGUUAAUAGUAGCUUAUGUCGCGGUAGUGUUUGUUUAGAGUAACGUCGUAAAGACUUCAAAAUAACUGACAAUUGCAAUUGUUAUAACAAUUGCGUUACAAUUAUAUUUAUUCGUUAUUAUUUUACAACGGAGGAGAAGAACCUUUGGAAGUUUAAGAGUUGACAACUAGGUUCUUUUCUUUGGGAAAUGGGUCCAAUGGUUUUUCCACCUGGAGAAUUAGAAAGAUUAGAUGAUGAUGAAGAUGAUCACACGUCUGGAAUUACAGAACAACCUGAUGUUACAAACCAUAGAAUUAUAUAUAUUAAUAGUCCACAAAAACAAAAAUUUUGUUCAAACAGAAUAAGCACUGCAAAAUACAAUUUCAUCUCCUUCCUGCCAAAAUUCCUUUUUGAACAGUUUCGACGAUAUUCUAAUGUUUUCUUCUUGUUCAUUGCUCUAUUACAGCAAAUUCCCAAUGUAUCUCCUACUGGUCGCUACACAACAGCUGUGCCAUUGUUGUUCAUAUUGACUGUUUCAGCUAUAAAAGAAAUUGUUGAAGAUUUUAAAAGACAUCGUGCUGAUGGACAAGUCAAUAAAAGAAAGGUUAAUGCUCUGAGGGAUGGCCAGUGGAAGCUUGUUCGAUGGACUAAAAUAGUUAUUGGUGAUAUUGUGAAGGUGACCAAUGGCCAGUUUUUCCCAGCUGAUCUCGUACUACUGUCAUCCAGUGAACCUCAUGCAAUGUGUUACAUUGAAACUGCUAAUUUGGAUGGAGAGACCAGUUUAAAAAUGAGACAAGGCUUACCAGAAACUUCUGGCCUCUUAACUACAAAAAACCUACAGCAACUGAUAGGUGUCAUGGAAUGUGAACUUCCAAACCGUCAUUUAUACGAAUUCACAGGAAAUAUCAGACUGCAUGGGACACAAACACUCCCUUUAGGACCAGAUCAAAUUCUUUUGCGUGGUGCCAAACUGAUGAAUACCAAUUGGGUUUUUGGUAAGUUAGUAAAUGUAUUUCCCAAACAAAGUAUGAUGUGUUAGGUGGUCUUCUGAAAAAUGUUAAAAAUAUU